AUUUUCCCUUUCUCACAUUGCAGCAGCGUCGCACCGCCGCAAGCUCCACCCCACAAAGAGAUCCGCUUCCACUCCAGUCCCCACUUCACUCCGCCACUCCGGUCUCCGGCCAUGGCCACCGUCAUCCAGGAUGUCUUGGGCUAUUUCCCCGGUGAGGCGCACGCCCUCGCCGCGUCCUCCUCCCUCUCCGCAGCUGCCGGCUACCACGGCGACGACCGCGUCAGCGCCCUCCCCGACACCCUCCUCCGCAACAUCCUCUCUCGCCUCCCCGCCAAGGACGCCGCCCGAACCGCCUCCCUCUCCUCCCGGUGGCGCCACCUCUGGCGCUCCACCCCGCUCGUCCUCCGCGACGCCGACGUGCCCCGCGCCGCGGUCGCGCGCGUCCUCGCCAGCCACCCGGGCCCCUUCCGCGCCGUCACCCUCGCCCGAUGCAGGUUCGCCUACCACGAGCGUAUGCUCGCCCAGUGGCCGCGCCUCCUCGCCUCCAAGGGCGUCGACGACCUCGUCCUCGUCAACAACGCCAGCGACCCCUCCGCCGACACCCUGCCCCUCCCCGCCGACGUCUUCCGAUGCGCCUCGCUCCAGCGCCUCUUCCUCGGCUUCUGGACGCUCCCGGACACCGCCGGCCUCCGCCGCGGCGCCGACGUGUUCCCUCUCCUCCGGGAGCUCUCCCUGUUCGCCACCACCAUCACCGACGGGGACGACCUCGACUACAUGCUCGCCUGCAGCCCUGCUCUCCACACCCUCGCGCUCAUAUUCAACCAGACGCCCGACCGCGUCCACCUCCGCAGCAAAAGCCUGCGUUGCGUGCUCCUCUGGUUGUCCAUGGUGGAGGAGGGAGUCGUCGUGGUGGACGCCCCGCUCCUGGAGCGGCUUAUCCUCUUUGACUGUCCUCCUGCUGGAUCUGCUGAAGAAGAGGGUCAGGUCAAGGUCAAAAUUUUUUGUGCACCAAAGCUGCGGGUGCUUGGUUACUUGGACCCAAGAAUUCACCAGCUGCAGAUCGGUGACAAAGUCAUCAAGCCUAACGCAAGGCCGAGCCCAAGCACCAUGGUUCCAGGCGUCAAGGUAUUGGCCUUGAAGGUUAAUCUGGGUGUCUCAAAGGAGGUCAAGAUGAUGACCAGCUUCCUCGGCUGCUUUCCCAACGUCGAGAGGCUGCACAUCGAGUCUGUUGUAGCCGACGAUGGACCUGCUGGACAGCAGCACCCGUCCAAGGUCUGGAAGGAGGUCUGUCGCGUCGACUGCCUCAAGUCACAUGUCAACAAGGUGCUUCUCCACCAAUUCCGCGGCCACCAGGGUGAACUUGACUUCAUCAAGUUCAUCGGCAGGAGCGCGCUGCAGCUGCAGGCCUUGCUGGUUGUGCUGACCCCACAAGAUUACGCUUCGCCGGACAAGGUGAACGAGCUGAUGCGCAAACUGAAGGAUCACUCCGGUGUACCAUGGGCUUGCAAGUACGGUUUUCUGCUGGUGGUAGGGCCUAAGCUGCCGAGCGUUUGGAAAUGGAACUUCCGGAAAGCGUCCGACCUUGCUGAAGAUGACCCUUUUGCAUCUUGAACCUGAGGUUGGCUAUAUGUAUUCCCUGAUCCAAACUUCUUGGGGUAAUCACUUGCUGUUCUACAUGCAGGGCAUGUUGAGUCUUUAGACAUCUAUCUGUGUUCUUAACUAAGACAUAGCAUGACUGUAUGAGUAUCUGAAAGUGUUCAAGCUAGCUAGCAGUCCUGUGGUUCAUUCAAAAGAUACCGUGAUCUAUCAUGUUAUCUAAUGCCUUUAUCUGUCUUCUUAA